AGGCAAUUGAGGGAUGAAUUUGUAAUUUAAUCGCUCCCCUUUAAACAUUUUUGUUUGGAUUUGUUUCUGCUCAAAGCUCCAAGUCUCCAAAUCUGCGAUCUGUUUCCAAUCGCUCACCAGAGUAACAAUGGCAGCAUCAGGACCGGACCCGUUAUUUUCACUGAGAAAUAAUUUUUACUUGGGGGCGUAUCAAGCCGCCAUCAACAACAGCGAGGUCCCGAAUCUCUCACCGGAAGACACCGUAGAGAGGGACGCUCUCGUCUUCAGAUCUUACAUUGCCCUCGGCAGCUACCCGCUGGUUAUUAACGAGAUCGAUGACUCAGCUGCUACACCUCUCCAAGCCGUCAAAUUGCUAGCUAUUUACCUCUCCGCUCCCGAAAAGAAGGAAGUUGUGAUUUCAGGUCUUCAUGAUUUGUUAGGAGAUCCGGCUGUUGGAAACAAUCCUGUCUUACGGCUCAUUGCUGGGAUUAUUUUCUUGCAUGAGCAGGAUUACAAUGAAGCUUUGAAGCAUACAAAUGCCGGAGGAACUAUGGAAUUGCAUGCUUUGAAUGUCCAGAUCUUUAUUAAGCUGCAUAGAUCAGAUUAUGCAGACAAGCAACUGAGGAUCAUGCAGCAAGUUGAUGAAGACCAUACAUUGACCCAACUUGCAAAUGCAUGGUUAAACUUGGCUGUGGGUGGGUCGAAGAUACAAGAAGCAUAUCUUAUCUACCAAGAUUUCUCUGAGAAGUAUCCUAUGACCAGCUUGGUAUUGAAUGGCAAGGCCGUUUGCUGCAUGCAUAUGGGAAACUUUGAUGAGGCCGAGACAUUAUUGGUUGAAGCAUUAAACAAGGUGGAUGCUAAGGAUCCUGAAACACUGGCAAAUCUGGUGGUUUGCAGCCUUCACCUUGGGAAAUCACCUUCACGCUAUCUCAGCCAAUUGAAGUUGUCUCAUCCAAACCACAUGCUCGUCAAACGCACAUUAUCUGCAGAGGAAAAUUUUGAAAGAGCAGUGCAAACGAUUGCUUAAGGAUUGCCCAAGUCUUAUGAGCCUUCCGUGUUUUACAUUAAUUUACCCUGCAGCCCUAGGAGGAGGAGAGCUACUUUAUCAGUACUGGAUGAAGCAACGACACCCACACUGCUUGCCUUUUGUCCUUUCUAUUCACAAUUAAGAGAUUGGUUUGCACUAAGACCUGCUGUUUAUAUUAAACUUACCAGAGAUUUUCAUAUUGGAUUGAUUUUAUAGUUUGUCCUACCAUAUCUUCUCUUUAGUAUUAAUACCAUUUUUUCGCUUAUUUGUAUUGUGUCAAUUCACACGGGUGGCAAAGUGCUCAUCGAGAUUUAAGUUUACGCCAUGUAUACUCUGAAAUUGGACUUCGCCUUUAUGUUCCCACCCUAUGCUUUGAGUGGGUUAUUUCUCUUAGAUGUUGCAUCCCAUAGUUAUAUUAAAUAUCAAUG